AUGUCCAACAGCAGCUCCAUCAGGCAUUUCCUCCUGCUGGCAUUGGCAGACACGCGGCAGCUGCAGCUCCUGCACUUCUGCCUCUUGCUGGGCAUCUCCCUGGCUGCCUUCCUGGGCAACGGCCUCAUCAUCAGCACCGUAGCCUGCGGCCACCACCUGCACACGCCCAUGUUCUUCUUCCUGCUCAACCUGGCCCUCAGCGACCUGGGCUCCAUCUGCACCACUGUCCCCAAAGCCAUGCACAAUUCCCUCUGGGACACCAGGACCAUUUCCUACUCCGGAUGUGCUGCACAGUUAUUUUCCUUUCUCUUCUUCAUUUCAGCAGAGUAUUUUCUCUUGACUGUCAUGUGCUAUGACCGCUACGUGUCCAUCUGCAAACCCCUGCACUACGGGACCCUCCUGGGCAGCAGAGCUUGUGCCCACAUGGCAGCAGCUGCCUGGGCCAGUGCCUUUCUCAAUGCUCUGCUGCACACAGCCAAUACAUUUUCCCUGCCCCUCUGCCAUGGCAAAGCCCUGGGCCAGUUCUUCUGUGAAAUCCCACAGAUCCUCAAGCUCUCCUGCUCCAAAUCCUACCUCAGGGAACUUGGAGUCUCUGUUUUCACUACCUUCUUAGCAUUUGGUUGUUUUGUGUUCAUUGUUUUCUCCUAUGUGCAGAUCUUCAGGGCUGUGCUGAGGAUCCCCUCUGAGCAGGGACAGCACAAAGCCUUCUCCACCUGCCUCCCCCACCUCGCCGUGAUCUCCCUGUUUGUCAGCACCUCAUUUUUUGCCUACCUGAAGCCCACCUCCAUCUCCUCCCCAUCCCUGGAUCUGGCAGUGUCAGUUCUGUACUCGGUGGUGCCUCCAGCCCUGAACCCCCUCAUCUACAGCCUGAGAAACCAGAAGCUCAAGGAUGCCCUGAGGAAAAUGAUGACUAGCUGCUUUUGAGAAGUAAAAAAUUGACUGUUUUCUUUUGCAUAGCUUUUGGAAUGGAACUCAUGACAGGCCCAACAGGCCUUCCUGGGUCUUUGGUAGGGGUCAGUGGGGUUUUUAGUCAUAAUGUUGUACUCGAUGAAAUCAUUUAAUCACCAUCUAAUUCACUGUCUUUCUCUUGAAUUUGACCCACAAGCUCUGUAAACCAGGGAUUGGGCUAUCGCUACAUCUAAAGAAAAGAAGCUUCCUUGCAGUGCCUGUUUUAUCUGGAAUUCCAACUCUGAGCCCUGUGUGAAGUUAGGGGGAAGAAGGGGAAAAGAGUCCCAGCAGAGCAGCAUGGCCAGGGAGCAGAAGGGAUUGGUCCUUUCAGAGCUGCUCUGCCCAA